AUGCGCGCGGCAGCAACCAGGUUCCUGCUGCCAUUGAUCUUGCGCUUCGUGGAGGCUCUGCCAGCAGAGACGCCGUCAGAACGCGUCAGCUGCUCAGGGGACGACUGUGAGGCAGAGACGCCUUUGACAGAUGUGCUGCUGCUGCAGCUUGGCGUCGCCCCAGCGGCCAACGCAAGCGCAGCGCUCCCGGGCAAUGCCAGUGUCGACUUGUCGGCCGUCCAGGACAGAACCGCCGCAGCUUCCCCAUCCGCCCUCAGCGAGAGUGUGGGCAGGCAGAAGCUCCCUUUGGACCUGCUUUGGCGGGCCAUGGCCGAGGUUACCGUCGAGCGCGUGCGCCGUGCCCUGCUGAUAUGUAUGAUCAUGGUGGUUGCGCAGCUCUUCGGCAUCAUGUGGAUGUCGUCCCGGCAGGCCAAGAAUCUUCCGUGUCCCGAACCAUUGCCGCGCGUUGAGCCGAGGAUGUACCAUCGGGCCGCCAAGCAGUCGGCGAGCUGA